AUGUACGGCUCAGGAAACGGCGCCCAGACGGGCAUUUCCACCCCCAGAUCAAACGCCUCGCUGCGACCUUUGACUCUGUCUCACGGCUCUCUCGAGACCUCCUUCCUCAUCCCCACAAACCUCCAUUUCCACGCCUCGCAGUUGAAAGACCAGUUCGUUGCGACCCUACCCGCCGCAACCGACGAGCUCGCUCAGGAUGAUGAGCCCUCAUCCGUCCCCGAACUCGUAGCGAGAUACCUGGGUCUCAUUGCACACCAGGUCGACGAGGGCGACGAUGACGAGUCCGGCUCCUACGAGGAGGUGCUGAAGCUCGUCCUCAUCGAGUUUGAGCGAACUUUCCUCCGUGGCAAUGAGGCACACGCCGUUGCUGCUACCCUCCCCGGUAUCGAGGCUAAGAAGCUCGAGUUCAUCCGCAGCUACUACACCGCUCGCGCCGUCUGCAACCGGCCCAUCAAGCCUCAUGCUUCCGCCCUCUUCCGAGCUGCUGAGGACGCCUCUGCCGAGAUCUACACAAUCUUCGGUGGUCAGGGUAACAUUGAGGAGUACUUCGAGGAGCUCCGUGAGAUCCACAAGACCUACUCUAGCUUCAUUGGCGAUCUCAUCACCACCUCCGCCGAGAUUCUUCAGACUCUCUCCAAGAACCCCAGCGCGGAGAAGAUGUUCCCCAAAGGCCUGGACAUCAUGAACUGGCUUCACAAUGCCGAAGCCACUCCUGACGUCGACUACCUGAUUUCUGCGCCAGUGUCUUUCCCUCUGAUUGGUCUUGUUCAGCUCGCCCACUACGAGGUGACUUGCAGAGUUCUUGGAGUCCACCCUGGAAUGCUGCGCGAUCGGAUAACCGGUACCACUGGUCACUCCCAGGGUAUUGUCAUGGCCGCUGCCACUGCUGCUGCCGAUUCGUGGGACUCGUGGCGCGAUAUCACCACCUCGGUUCUCACCAUGCUUUUCUGGAUCGGAACUCGCAGUCAGCAAGCUUUCCCCAUCACCUCCAUGACUCCAAGCAUGCUCCGGGAGUCGCUGGAACAUGGCGAGGGCUCCCCUACUCCUAUGCUUAGCAUCCGUGACCUUGCACAAACUGAGGUCCAGAAGCACAUUGAUGCUACCAACCAGUACCUCCCCGCCGACCGCCACAUUGGUGUCUCCCUUAUCAACAGCCCCCGAAACCUCGUCGUUACCGGUCCCCCGAGCUCGUUGUAUGGACUCAACUCCCAGCUCCGAAAGGUCAAGGCUCCUACUGGCCUUGACCAAAACCGAAUCCCAUACACUGAGCGAAAGGUUCGCUUUGUCAACCGAUUCCUCCCCAUCACAGCCCCUUUCCACAGCAAGUACCUUUCUGAGGCCACUGCUAUGAUUGACGAGGAUCUGAAGGAUAUCAACAUUGAUUCCAGCUCCCUUGGUAUCGCCGUUUUCGAUACCAACACUGGCAAGGAUCUCCGCGAGAUCAAGGGAAACAUUGUUCCUGAUCUGAUUCGCCUGAUCACGCGUGAUCCCGUGAACUGGGAGAAGGCUACCGUCUUCCCCGAGGCCACUCACAUCUUGGACUUCGGCCCUGGAGGCAUCUCCGGUCUUGGUGUCCUGACCAGCCGCAACAAGGAGGGAAGCGGUGUUCGCGUCAUUCUUGCUGGUUCCGUUGAUGGCUCGAUGAACGAGGUUGGCUACAAGCCUGAGAUUUUCGAUCGUGAUGAGGAGAAUGUCAAGUACGCCAUUGACUGGGUCAAGGAAUUUGGCCCGCGACUGGUGACCACUAAGGGAGGUCGGACCUACCUUGACACCAAGAUGAGUCGCCUUCUUGGUCUCCCGCCAAUUGUUGUUGCUGGCAUGACCCCUGCCACUGUCCCCUGGGACUUUGUGGCGGCCACCAUGAAGGCCGGAUACCAUAUCGAGCUUGCUGGUGGUGGCUACUUUAUUGGCCCCAUGAUGACCGAUGCCAUCAAGAAGAUUGAGCAAGCCAUUCCCGCCGGCCGUGGUAUCUCAGUCAACCUGAUCUACGUCAACCCCCGAGCCAUGUCUUGGCAGAUUCCCCUCAUUGGCAAGCUUCGUGCCGAGGGUGUCCCCAUCGAGGGUCUUACCAUUGGUGCUGGUGUGCCCUCCAUUGAGGUUGCCAACGAGUACAUUGAGACACUUGGACUCAAGCACAUCUCUUUCAAGCCCGGCUCUGUUGAUGCUAUCCAGUCCGUUGUUAACAUCGCCAAAGCCAAUCCCACCUUCCCCGUCAUUCUUCAGUGGACCGGUGGCCGCGGUGGUGGUCACCACUCUUUCGAGGAUUUCCACCAGCCAAUUUUCCAAAUGUAUGGCCGCAUCCGACGACAGGAGAACAUCAUCUUGGUCGCUGGUAGCGGUUUUGGUGGCGCUGAUGACACCUACCCUUACCUCACUGGUCAGUGGGCUAAGAAGUACGGCUAUCCUCCAAUGCCCUUUGAUGGUUGCUUGUUCGGUAGCCGCAUGAUGGUUGCCAAGGAAGCCCACACUAGCAAGGCUGCCAAGGAGGCCAUUGUCCAGGCUCCUGGUCUGGAGGAUGGCGAGUGGGAGCAGACCUACAAGGGCCCCGCCGGUGGUGUUAUUACUGUGCGCUCCGAAAUGGGCGAGCCCAUUCACAAGCUCGCGACACGCGGUGUCAAGUUCUGGGCCGAGAUGGACAAGAAGAUCUUCACUAUCCCCAAGGAGAAGAGAGUCGCAGAGCUCAACAAGCAGAAGGAUUACAUCAUCAAGAAGUUGAACGAUGACUGCCAGAAGGUUUGGUUUGGUCGCAACAAGGCUGGCGAGGCUUGUGACCUCGACGAGAUGACCUACGCUCAGGUCCUGCGCCGCUGCGUUGAGCUCCUCUACGUCAAGCACCAGUCCCGCUGGAUCGACCGCUCGUACAUUGUCUUCACCGGCGACUUUAUCCACCGCCUAGAGGAGCGUUUCACGUCUACUGCUGGCAAGCCUUCUUUGCUCCAGAGCUACUCUGAUCUCAACGACCCUUUCAGUGUUGUCGAGCGUAUUCUCGCCGCUUACCCAGAGGCUGAGAACCAGAUCCUCAACGCCCAGGAUGUUCAGUACUUCUUGAUCAUGACUAUGCGCCCCACCAUGAAGCCCGUCACCUUCAUCCCUGUUCUUGACGACAACUUCGAGUUCUACUUCAAGAAGGAUUCCCUCUGGCAGUCUGAGGAUCUUGAUGCCGUCGUUGGUCAGGAUGUUGGCCGUACUUGCAUUCUCCAGGGCCCUACUGCCGCCAAGUUCUCUACCGUCAUUGACCAGCCCAUCAAGGAAAUUCUCGAUGGCAUCCACGAGGGCCACAUCUCUCUGUUGACCAAGGACCUUUACAACAACAAGACCUCCUCCAUCCCUGUCACUGAGUACUUCGGUGGAAAGCUUGUUGAUCUUGAGGUUCCCCUGGAUGUCGAGGGCCUCACUGUCAGCUAUGAUACCCACAAGAACACCUACCGCCUUUCCUCGUCCGCCGCGGCGACUAUGCCCGAGCUUGACUCCUGGCUGUCGUUGCUUGCGGGUCCCAACAGGAACUGGCGUCACGCCCUUCUCAUGUCUGAUGUUGUCGUUCAGGGCCAGAAGUUCCAGACCAACCCCAUCCGUCGUAUCUUCGCUCCCACCCGUGGCCUCUUCGUCGAGAUUCAAUAUCCCAAUGACCCCGCCAAGACUGUCAUUGUGGUUCGUGAGCAGCCCCGCCACAACCAAUACGUUGAUGCUAUUGAGGUCAAGUUGGUUGGCGAGAACGAGAUUGUUGUCAACAUGAUCAAGGACACUACUGCCCUUGGCAAGCCCGCUGCCCUUCCCCUCAAGUUCACCUACCACCCCGAGGCUGGCUACUCUCCUAUCCGCGAGGUCAUGGAGGGUCGCAACGACCGCAUCAAGGAGUUCUACUGGAAGGCGUGGUUCGGCAACGAGCCUGUUAACCUGGAUGCUGAUGUCACUAGCAAGUUCGAUGGUGGCAAGACCGUCAUUACCGGCGAGGCUAUCAACGACUUUGUGCACGCUGUUGGCAACCACGGUGAGGCUUUCGUCGACCGACCUGGCAAGACCGUCUUUGCUCCUAUGGACUUUGCCAUCGUCAUCGGAUGGAAGGCCAUCACCAAGCCCAUCUUCCCUCGCACCAUCGAUGGUGACCUGCUGAAGCUUGUUCACCUGUCCAACCAGUUCCGCAUGAUUCCUGGUGCGGAGCCUUUGAAGAAGGGCGAUGAAGUCUCAACUACUGCUCAAGUCAACGCUGUUAUCAACCAGGAGGCUGGAAAGAUGGUUGAGGUCUGCGGAACUCUGGUCCGUGACGGUGAGCCCGUGAUGGAGGUCACUUCUCAGUUCCUCUACCGCGGUGCUUACACCGACUUUGAGAACACCUUCCAGCGCAAGGUCGAGACUCCCAUGCAGGUUCACCUUGCUACUACCAAGGACGUCGCUGUCCUGCGCUCUAAGCAGUGGUUCUCGGUUGACGAGCUUCCCCGGGACAUUGAGCUCCUUGGCCAGACCCUGACCUUCCGCCUCCAAAGCUUGAUGCGCUACAAGAACAAGGAUGUCUUUUCUAGCGUUGAGACCCGAGGCCAAGUCCUGCUUGAGCUACCCACCAAGGAGGUCAUCCAGGUCGCCAGUGUCGACUACGAGGCCGGCGAGUCUCACGGCAACCCCGUCAUCGACUACCUGGAGCGUAACGGUUCUCCCAUUGACCAGCCUAUCAACUUCGAGAACCCCAUCCCUCUUAGCGGCAAGGCCCCUCUGCAGCUCCGUGCUCCCGCGUCCAACGAGAACUAUGCUCGUGUCUCUGGCGAUUUCAACCCCAUUCACGUGUCUCGCGUCUUCUCCACUUAUGCCAACCUUCCCGGCACCAUUACUCACGGCAUGUACUCCAGCGCUGCCGUCCGAAGCCUGGUCGAGACCUGGGCUGCCGAGAACAACAUCGGACGUGUUCGUAGCUUCCACGCCUCUCUUGUUGGCAUGGUGUUGCCUAACGAUGAGAUUGAAGUCAAGCUUCAGCACGUUGGCAUGGUGUCUGGACGUAAGAUCAUCAACGUCGAGGUCCGCAACGUUGAGACCGAGGACAAGGUCCUGGAGGGUACUGCCGAGGUGGAGCAGCCUGUGACUGCCUAUGUCUUCACUGGCCAGGGCUCUCAGGAGCAGGGUAUGGGUAUGGAGCUGUACGGAAGCAGCCCUGUCGCUAAGGAGGUCUGGGAUCGAGCUGACAAGUACCUCCUCGACAACUAUGGCUUCUCUAUUACCAACAUUGUCAAGAACAACCCCAAGGAGCUUACUAUCCACUUCGGUGGCCCCCGUGGUAAGGCUAUCCGCCAGAACUACAUCGCGAUGACUUUCGAGACUGUCGCUGCGGAUGGCUCCAUCAAGUCGGAGAAGAUCUUCAAGGAGAUUGACGAGACCACCACCUCUUACACCUACCGAUCCCCCACUGGCCUCCUGUCCGCGACCCAGUUCACUCAGCCUGCCCUUACUCUCAUGGAGAAGGCUAGCUUCGAGGACAUGAAGUCCAAGGGUCUUGUUCCCCUGAACAGUACCUUUGCUGGUCACUCGCUCGGUGAAUACUCGGCCCUGGCCGCCCUUGCUGAAGUCAUGCCUAUUGAGAGCCUGGUGUCUGUUGUGUUCUACCGUGGUCUGACCAUGCAGGUUGCUGUGGAGCGAGACGCUGCUGGCCGCUCCAACUACUCCAUGUGCGCCGUCAACCCUAGCCGCAUUAGCAAGACGUUCAACGAGGCUGCCCUCCAGUUUGUCGUUGACAACAUUGCGGAGGAGACUGGCUGGCUUCUGGAGAUUGUCAACUACAACAUUGCCAACAUGCAGUACGUCUGCGCUGGUGACCUCCGUGCCCUCGACACGCUGGCCGGUGUCACCAACUUCCUCAAGGUCCAGAAGAUCGACAUUGAGGAGAUGAAGGCCAACCUCGAGGAGGCCACUGGCCACCUUCGCGAAAUUAUCCGUGGAUGUGCGGAGAAGACGCUGAGCAAGCCUGUCCCUAUUGAGCUGGAGCGUGGCUUUGCUACCAUCCCUCUCCGUGGCAUUGACGUGCCAUUCCACUCUACCUUCCUGCGGUCGGGUGUCAAGCCCUUCCGAUCCUUCCUUCUUAAGAAGAUCAACAAGACUUCGAUUGAUCCCUCUAAGCUGGUUGGAAAGUACAUCCCCAACGUGACGGCCAAGCCGUUUGCGCUGACGAAGGAGUACUUUGAGGAUGUGUACAAGCUGACCAACUCGCCCAAGAUUGGUGCGGUGCUGGCCAACUGGGAGAAGUAUGUCCAGGACGAGCCUGCCACCAACGGUGCGGACGCCAGUGACAGCGGCUCCAACCUGGAGUAUGACGGCCCUGGUGCGGCUGCCUAA